AUGUCUAAAACAACAAACUCAUUCAAUAAAUUAGCUGGUGAAGUAGUAUACAAACCAAAGAAAAUUAAGUUUGAAGUAAAUACUUUUGAAGAUGCCUUAUUAUUGAUUGAUGAUAUUAAGUUAAUGUGCAGUGAAAUUUAA